AUGAUUGAAAAUAAGGAUUAACAGCACGAAACAUAGUACAAAGAUAGGUCACUCAUACUCAAAAUAAUUCUCACUUAUUGCCUUGGAUAAUUUUUUUGGGGAUUUUAAUUGGGUGUCUAUACAUCUUCAUAAGAGCCUAUACACAAAACCUUGGAAAUAUAAGAAGAAAUUUAAGCUGCUUUCGAUGGUUUUAUCACUUCACUUCUACCAAUUGGUGGUCUAAUCGGCUCUUUAAUGUCAAUGUACAUAUUUAAGUAUUUUUCUAGAAGGUAUUCUAUGAUAGUAAUUGACUUGCUCGGUAUCAUAGGUUGUUUCUUCAAUAUCUUUAUCUAUUCUACUACACUCUUUUCGAUAGGUCGUUUUUUACUUGGUCUAAAUGCAGGCUUUAACUCUUCUUUAGUCUGCACAAUUGUGAAAGAAAUUACUCCAGUAGAAAUGUUACAACAAGGAGGAACUCUUCCAAUUUUUAUAAAUAACAUGGGUGUUUUCGUUGCUUACUUACUUGGAAUAGGAUUUGCCUCUUCUUCAAGUGAGCCUGUAGCUGAAUAACAAUAAAAUAGCAAUUUCUACUUAUUUUUUGUAUACCUCUUCCCAGUAAUAUUCCCAAUCAUCAGAAUCAUCUUAUUGAAGUAUAAAUACACAAUGGAAACACCUUUCUUUUAUAUUGAAAAUGGAAUGGGUGAUGAACUCCAAUAUGUUUUGGAAAUCCUUUACAAAGAAAAAUAUGUGCACUAAGUCUCUCAAGAUUAUUAUGGCUCUUACGAAGAAAAAUAACGCAACAGCAACUCAGCGAACGAUAUUUUUUCUACCAAAAACAUGAAAAAACUCUAAAUAGGCAUAACUCUAAUGUACUUUAUGUAAAUGAGUGGAACAUAUGCAAUUAUUUUCUUCGCAACAAAGAUAUUCUCUUAAGCAACUAAUGGAAACACUAACAUUGCAUUAUAUUUAACUGUUGGUAUUGGUCUUACUCCAGUUAUUUGCUCAUAUAUAGCAGGAUAACUUUCUUAAAAGCAUGGUAGAAAACCUCUCUUGAAAAAUGGCAUGGCUGGGCUUGUUUGCAUAAAUUUUAUUUUAAGUUUCUUUGCUUAUGUCUAAGAAAAUAAGGCAUAAGCCAGUAAUAGCCUCUCCAUUUGGAUCAUCAUUUUUACCUUCUUUUCAAGGUCUUAUACAGCUUCAGCUUAUGGUCCUAACUCUUUUGCAUAUAGUGCUGAUAUUUUGUGUCCAAAGAGUUUAAGUCUAAUAUACUUAUUUUACUGGGGAUUUGAAGCAAUAGUCGGCUUUAUCUUCCCUAUCUUAAUUGACAGCUUAGGACUUAGUUUUGCAUUCUUUUUCUUUGCAAUGAAUUGCGCUGCAGGUUUUUAUUUUGUUCACCAUUAUAUCAAAGAAACAAAAGGUUUGACCAGAAAGCAAGUCGAGUGUCUCUUUGAUGAAUAACAAUCAUUGAUUGAUGAAUCUCUACACACCAAAUUAUUUGAAAUGGUUUGA